CAUCCGACAACUUCCGGUUACAUUUGACAACAGCAAUCGUAUAUUCACGGUCAUGUCUCUCGGCAAAGCUGGCUGGACUUUGUUGAACCCUCUCCGGGGGGUUCUUCGGCCCUCAACCUCGGUCUUAAAUCGGAGCUACGCGGCUGUUGCUGAAGCCAGAGCUGUAUUAAACGGUGAACUCGAGUCGAUUCGCGUGGCGGGGACGUGGAAAGCAGAGAGGAUCAUCACUUCCAAGCAGGGACCGCACAUCAACGUGGACGGAAGCCGUGGCAGCAUUUUAAACUUCUGCGCCAACAACUAUCUUGGACUAUCCAGUCAUCCAGAGGUGGUGCAAGCAGGGAUUGAUGCACUGAAAACGUAUGGCGCUGGAUUGAGCUCGGUCAGAUUCAUCUGUGGUACUCAGGAUUUGCACAAAAACCUAGAGCAAAAGUUGGCAGAGUUUCACGAGAGGGAGGACUGCAUCCUCUAUGCCAGUUGUUUUGAUGCCAACGCCGGACUAUUUGAGGUUCUGCUUGGCCCAGAUGACGCUGUGUUGUCGGAUGAACUUAACCAUGCCUCUAUUAUUGAUGGUAUCCGUCUGUGUCGUGCGAAAAGACUGCGCUACAAACAUAUGGACCUCAGUGAUUUAGAAAAAAAACUCAAGGAGUCUCAGUCAUGUCGUAUGCGGCUGGUGGUGACAGAUGGGGUCUUCUCAAUGGAUGGAGAUGUGGCUCCGUUAACGGGAAUCUGUGAUCUGGCUGAGCAAUACGGGGCUAUGGUGUUCAUCGAUGAAUGCCACGCCACUGGUUUCCUCGGGCCUCGUGGCAGAGGAACCGACGAGCUGUUGGGAGAGAUGGACCGAGUUCAUAUCAUAAACUCCACUCUGGGAAAAGCACUGGGAGGUGCAGCUGGUGGCUACACAGUGGGACCAAAGCCCCUCAUUGAUCUGCUGAGGCAGCGGUCUCGACCUUACCUCUUCUCCAACUCCCUCCCUCCACCUGUGGUGGGCUGCGCCACGCGGGCUGUCGAGCUGCUGCUCGCCUCCGAUGAGAUUGCACAAAGCAUGACAGCCAAAACCAUGAGGUUUCGAAACAAGAUGACGCGGGCUGGCUUCACCAUCUCGGGAUCGGCUCACCCGAUCUGUCCAGUGAUGCUGGGUGAUGCACGGCUUGCCUCUCUAAUGGCAGAUGACAUGUUGAAGCUAGGAGUGUAUGUGAUUGGAUUUUCCUUCCCAGUCGUACCAAAAGGCAAAGCCAGAAUCCGUGUUCAGAUUUCAGCCGCGCACACUGACGAAGACAUUGAUCACUGCGUCGACGCCUUUAUUCAAACGGGCAGAAAGCAUGGAGUUAUUUCCUGAGAGAACAUCGAAGAAAUGACUUCUCAGAGAGCCAAACAAUCAGGUGCUUCUUCAGAUAUUGUUGCCUUUUUCGUAUGACGAAUGAUGGUGUUGAUUUAUAUCUGGCAACGUUAUGUAUGAUGGGUUUGACUGCCUAAGAGUGAAAUAAAGUGAAAGAAUGUUUCAAAUCUGUCA